CUCUUACGGCGAGUAGAACGUAGGAUGUUAGCUCUUCGACAUGCGCCAUUGAAAAUAAACGUAUCAGAUACGGCGGGGAUUGUCGUUUUCUUUCAUUUUGAUGCUACCCUGUUAGAACGCUUAACUUGUCUUUAGUAAAGUUUCGACAUUCUUGUGGACGAUGGAGACUAUUUUAGAACAACAGCGCCGCUAUCACGAAGAGAAAGAGAGGCUCAUGGAUGCUAAGACCAAAGAAAUGUUACACAAGAAGUCGACGCUGCGGGAGCAAAUAAAUUCUGACCAUCGAACAAGAGCGAUGUUGGAUAGGUAUAUGGAAGUGAGCGCAAAUCUCAGAGACUUAUAUGAAGACAAAGAUGGAAUGAGGAGGGAUGAACUCGCAGCCAUCUCAGGACCAAAUGAGUUUGCGGAGUUCUACAAUAGACUGAAACAGAUAAAGGAGUUCCACCGAAAGCACCCAAAUGAGAUUUCCAUUCCCAUGUCUGCAGAGUUUGAGGAGCUGAUGAAAGCCAGAGAUAACCCCAGCGAGGAGGCUCAGAAUAUGGUGGACUUCACUGAUGAGGAGGGGUACGGCCGAUACCUCGAUCUUCAUGACUGCUACCUGAAGUACAUCAACUUGAAGGGAGCUGAGAAACUGGAAUAUAUCACUUACCUGUCUUCAUUUGACCAGCUGUUUGAUAUCCCCAAGGACAGGAAAAAUGCUGAAUACAAAAAGUAUUUGGAGAUGCUGCUGGAGUACCUGCAGGACUAUACAGACCGCGUCAAACCGCUGCUUGACCAGAAUGAGCUCUACGGUAAAGUGCUGUCAGAGUUUGAGAAAAAAUGGGAGAACGGGACCUUUCCAGGCUGGCCUAAAGAGGCGAGCAGCGCUUUGACACAUGCAGGUGCUCAUCUGGACCUCUCUGCAUUUUCUUCUUGGGAGGAGUUGGCCUCUUUGGGUCUGGACAGAUUGAAGUCAGCACUCAUGGCUUUGGGACUGAAGUGUGGAGGGACUCUGGAGGAGAGGGCACAGAGGCUCUUCAGCACUAAAGGCAAGUCCCUGGAAUCACUGGAUCCAUCACUGUUUGCCAAGAAUCCCAAAGCAAAGGGCCCUAAAAAAGACACAGAGCGUAACAAGGAAAUUGCCUUCCUGGAAGCUCAAGUCUAUGAAUAUGUGGAGAUCCUUGGGGAACAGAGGCAGCUCACUCAUGAGAACGUACAGAGGAAGCAGGCCAGGACCGGAGAGGAGCGUGAAGAGGAGGAGGAAGAGCAGGUCAGCGAGAGUGAGAGCGAAGACGAAGACAACGAGAUUAUCUACAACCCCAAGAACCUGCCGUUGGGUUGGGAUGGCAAGCCAAUUCCAUACUGGCUCUACAAACUCCACGGUCUGAACAUCAACUACAACUGUGAGAUCUGUGGAAACUACACUUACAGAGGACCCAAAGCCUUCCAGAGGCACUUUGCAGAGUGGAGACACGCUCACGGUAUGCGCUGCCUGGGAAUCCCGAACACCGCUCAUUUUGCCAAUGUCACACAGAUCGAAGAUGCUGUCUCCUUGUGGGCAAAGCUGAAGUCCCAGAAAGCAUCAGAGCGGUGGCAGCCAGACACAGAGGAAGAGUACGAGGACUCCAGUGGGAAUGUGGUCAACAAGAAGACCUAUGAGGAUCUGAAGAGACAGGGCCUGUUGUAGAUGGAGGCUGACAUGAGACACAGAAGAGAGAAAAAGAUGUAACUUCUAAAGAGCGUCCUUUAAAAUUAGGUAUAACUUUUAAUCACACAUUUGCUCAUGUUUUUCAUUUGUAAGUAGCAAUUUUGUUUUGAACACCCCCGCAUUUCUUCUUUUCAUAACUUUGUAAUGUUGCAAACAUUUAUGAUUAUAAUAAAGUGGAUUCUU